AUGAAGGAAAGCGACUACACGAGCAUUAAGGAAAAGGUGGUUUCAUUAGAAAAUGGAUUGCAAGCAAUCGGUCUUGCGCAGGAUGCCAAGGCGAAAGAAGAUCGUGAGAACUUGGUGGCUCGGAAUCGAAUGGCUUCCGUGCGAAAUCUUGGCUAUUUGCUGGAUGGCAUGCGUGCUCGUCGCGUGCUGAGCCUUCUCUUCUUAUGGAAAGAGCGCUGCAACGAAACGAAGCUGGAGGAGAAUUGUGAGGCGCGAGUUCGAGAUGCUGAAAGUCGUUCUGCUGCUUCAUUGAAUGAAUUGACGUCUCGCGUCCAGUCGCUGACCGAAGAAGCCGAAAAGAAGGAAGAGGAGCAUCGAGCCACGCUGUAUAAAGCGCGAUCCGAUGCCUCGCUGCGCGCUAUUGAGAGUAUAGCCAAGCUGGAACAGGCAUUCGUGCAGUGGAUGCGCUUGUCGAAGCAGGAACAAUUCGCUGAGAAAGCAACGGCGUGUGAGAAGCAGUUAACGGAAGCCAAUACUGCGAUUGAGAGAACAGAAUCGGAGUUGAAGGAAGCUCGCGAGAAGGCUGAAAACGAAAAAGCCGAGUUGGAGAAGAAAUACCAGCAGGAUAUGCGAGAUUAUGAAGAUCUUCGGAUGGAGAGCGCGAAGACGCGAUCUGCGUUGGAAUCGUUGCUCCAGGACAAAGAAGCGGCGGAGGAACGAAAUCGCCAGCUGGCCAAGCAGAUCGAGCAGUUGGGUCUUUCGAUGGCGACGUUCCAAGAAGCGGCGAACGGCUCGGAGGACGAUAAGCAAGCGAUUGUAGCGCGCUUGCAGCUGCAAGUGAACGAUCUGGAGAAUCGUCUUGCGCAAAGCCAGAAAGACGAGGAGGAAUAUCGCCGAAAAUGGGAAUUGCUGCAGGACUUUUCGGCAGACGAAUUGACGCGCGCUCAAAAGAAGAUCGACGAGUUAACCGCGACGUGCUCGGAAUUGAUCAAGCAAGUGGAGGACGCGAAUAAUCAGGAGCAUAUGAUGGCGCUCGUGCAGGAGAAAGAGCAGCUGGAAUCGAAGAUCCACGAGAUGGAGAUUCAAUUCGAAGCCACUGUGGAUGUUGUGAACAACAGCAGCCAGAUUGCAGUGCAGCGAGAAAACCAGAUCGAUGAUUUGAAGGGCAAGAUCGCCGGACUGGAGAAGAAGCUGGAGGAAGUGACACAACAGAAGGAGGCAUUGGAGAAAGCGCUGGAAGAAGCGCAGCAGAAGCAGGUCGAAAGCGAUGCAACGAUUUCAGGAAUGGAGAAAUCGAACACGGCGCUCAAAGAAGAAGUGAUGAAGAUGAAACGCCGCGUGUUGGCACUGAAGAACAUGGAGGAAAAUAUGCAGGAUGUGGAGGAUUUGCUGCAGCAGCGCGAAACGCAACUGAAGGAUGUGCUGGAGCGGAUUAAGAAGGCAGAGAAGACGAGCGAGUUCUGCCGGAGCGAAGUGAAGCGAUACGAGGCGCUGAACGCGGAACUGGAGCAUCGUAUGUCGAAUUAUCUUUUCCGAGAAGGCCAGGCAGGCGAGGUGCUGGAAAAGAUCGUGGAGAAGCAGGUGGAUCGUCCGGAAACGCUGGAGAAGGUGAGCGAGUUGGAGAAGACCGUGGAGUCGCUGCGAGAGGAAAUCGUGAGAUUGGAGAAUACGCUGAAGCAGAAGACUGACGAAGAAGCCAGGCAGAAGCAGGCGCAUGAGGCGUUCAAGCUGAAGAAGGUGCUUCCGUUGAAGUUCUUCCCGAUUGGAAACGCUCCCGAAAAGCGAACAGGAAGAAGUGAAGAUGUUUGUGGGUAG